UUUGAAUUAAUACUACUAUUUCUUUCCGUGAUGUAAUGCCGUCUGUUAGCGAUUGAAUAACUACCAACUUAUCUUCGGUAUUCCCAUCAGCCUAAAUGUCAAGAAAUAGUUACAGAAGCUUUUUGAGACUGCUUGAAAAGUGGCCAAUUGAUACGAGUAAAAGUGGCGGCCGAGAUCUGGGAGAGCAUCUACGUCACCAAGUAACAAACGCCUUUAAGCAAGGAGAUGCAACUGUGGUAAAUGAAAAUGAGUGUCAAAGAAUACACUCUUCGCUGGAGCGUUUAGCGCUGAAUGUGCAUGGUAAUAAGUUUCCACGCAAACUUCAGAGUUCAUCAACAGGAUUAUCUCUUGAUCAGUGCCGAGAAAUCAGCUCUACAGAAUUUAUAGAAACAGUACAGGAAGAAGAAGCACCUCUUUAUUCAAAGGUUUUUAAAAGAAAGAAGUAA